GCGCAUCUGCAUCCACCCGCAUUCGUGAUGGGAAUCGCAUUCUACAUGCUUGGAGUCGCGAACGAAAAAGCAAUUUGCUGAACGACCAGUUGGGCGUUGUUGAAGCGACGUCACCGUGCCUUCGGUUGGAUAUUUGAUAGUGUUCGUCGCCGAACAGCCCUACAUUUUCUCAAUUCGGCAAUCCCUCACUUUACGCACUCUUGAAUCGUGGUGAAUGAUCCUUUUCUUCCCGUCCCCUGUAUAUCGCGGGAUAUGCCCAAGACAAGCUUUUUCUUCUUCUCAAAUCUUGCUAGGGUUGUUUUCUGGUACUCGAAGCUCUUGUACAAUGUGCGGGUCCGUAUAUUGGCCACGCUGUAUCACGGUACGGCUUGGGUGGACCCGCAGCGUUGACAGCGAUGCAUGCUUUGACUCACAUAGAGUAGUACGCACGCUUCUGUUCAGGAACGACACGCGAUUUGUGCGAAACUGCUUUGCAAUUUUUGCAUCCCCCGCUGUUUUCCUGCCAAUGCCGUGGGGGAAGUAUACAGCACUGUACUGAGAAGAGGGGCAAAUGCGCGUGGCUGGUAGACGGUGUAGAAAGAACUAGGAUUCAGCUCCUUAGUCGG